AUGAUGAGCGAGAAUCGUAUGAUCAGCUGGGAAGAAGCGGAGCAGAUCCUAGGUGGUGGCACGUACAAUCGUCCAAUCAAAUCCUCACUGCCGCAGCAGACGAGGCCGAUCGAACCGGAUAAUGAUACGGACGUAGACUGGUCAAUACAGCAGCUGCAGCUUGAUGACCCUAAGCUUAAGCAAGUCAAUUUGAAUAACAUGAAACGUACGCCCAUUCCACAAGUGAAACGAUUAUUGGCGGCCAUAAAGGACAAUACACAUUUGGAGAAGAUAGCACUGGCUAAUAUGGGUUUGUAUGACAACGAUUGUGAGAGCGUCAAAUAA